UCCAAUGGAUCCAACUAUUGAGCAACCUCCUCCAUCUCCAACCACUAAUGCUACACCCCCACCGCCACCCUCUAGCCCAUCUGCCACAUCUCCAACAAACUCAAACAAUGAGCACGUCCCUCCAUCGCCGCCGCCAUCAAGUCCACCAAUAGCUCUAUCAAGUCCUCCACUGCCGUCAUCAAGUCCAACAAUCGCUCCAAUUACUCCACCACCGCCAUUGUCUAGUCCUUCUGCUACACCUCCAAUAUACCAACCUAAUGACCAACCCCCUCCCCCUCCAUCAUCAUCUACUCCGACACCAACAGCUCUAGAAAGUCAACCACCUCCAUCAAGUCCACCAGAAAUAGCUCCAGCUACUGCUCCACCACCUUCAUUUAGCCCCCCUACGGAAGCUCCAGCGCAGGAAGCCAGUGACCACUACCCUCCACCACCGCCAUUGUCUAGCCCCCCUGUUGCACCUCCAAUAUACCAAGCUAAUGACCAACCCCCUGCCCCUCCAGCAUCAUUUAGUCCGCCACCAAUAGCUCUAGCAAGUCCACCCCCGCCAUCGGAUCCACCAGAAAUAUCUCAAGCUACUCCACCACCACCUUCGUUUAGCCCACCCACGGAAGCUCCAACAUAUGAAGCCAAUGACCACUACCCUCCACCACCGCCAUUGUCGAGCCCUCUUGCUACACCUCCAAUAUACCAAGCUAAUGACCAACCCCCUCCCCCUCCAACUUCAUAUACUCCGCAACCUAUAGAUUUAGCAAGUCCACCACUUCCAUCAAGUCCACCAGAAAUAGCUCCAACUACUCCUCCACCACCUCCAUUUAGCCCCGCUAUGGAAGCUCCAACGUAUGAAAAUUACCCUCCACCAUCGCCAUUGUUUAUCCCUCCAGCUACACCUCCAAUAUACCAAGGUAAUAACCAACCCCCUCCCCCUCCAACAUCAUCUACUCCGCCACCAAUAGCUCUAGCAAGUCCACCAUCUCCAUCAAUUCCACCGGAAAUAACUCCAGCUGCUCCUCCACCACCUCCGUUUAGCCCCCCUAUGGAAGCUCCAACGUAUGAGGCUAAUGACCACUACCCUCCACCACCGCCAUCAUAUAGUCCACCAUUAUCUCUAGUCAGUCCUCCACCACCAUUGUUAAGUCCACCAAUCAUCCCUCCAACGAAUUCCCCACCACCGUCAUUGACUCCACCAUCGUCAAGUCAACCGGGAAGCACUACAACGCCACCCCCAUCUAGUCUAGCAGUACCUCCAACGUACAAAGCUAGCAACCAACCACCACCUCCUCCUUUCAAUCCUCCAUCAUCUCCGUCCAGUCCUCCUGCUCCACCGCCAACAUACCAAGCUCACGAGCCGUCUCCGGAUCCACCACCAUCAUCUAGCUCUCCACCAAUAGCUCCCUCUACUUCCACACCAGACACAUAUAGUCCAUUUACUCCCCCUCUACCUGCACCUAGUGCUCCAUCUAGUCCUCCACCACCUGCAAUGCCUAAUCAGAUGCCACCACCUCCGACCAGUGCUCCAUCUAAUCCUCCACCACCUCUCACUAACCCUCCCGCUACACCUCCAGCCCACCAAGCUAAUGAUAAGCCACCUCCUACACCGUCAUCAUCUAGUACCCCAUCACCUUGGUCUAGUCCGCCAGCAACACCACCAUCACUGCCAAUAAUUUCGCCCGCCACACCUCCAACAUACCAAGUUAACCAACCACCGCCACCACCACCUAAUCCCCUUGCAACACCUCCAACAUCUGAAGGUAAUAACCAAUCACCACCUCCACCACAUCUUAGCCCCCAUGUCACACCUCCGAAUAAUCAAGCUAAUGGCCAACCACCACCUAACCCCUCGGCAACAACUCCUCCACCCGGCCCUCCUACUGGUACUAACGGAUGGGUGCAAGUUCAUAACUUCCACGACACCUUGUAUUGGCAAAUUGGGCGCUUUGCGGUGUUAAUAUUCAAGCUCGUAAACAAGAAGGACAUUUCCCUAGUCGAUGUGCUAUACGUGAGCAUGCAACCUGCGGGAAUUGGCAGCAACUACUUCCUCGUGAUAAAAGCUGCAGAUGAAUAUAAGAAGGUCGGCAAGUAUAAUGUGCUCGUGUGGGGUGUGGCCGGGUCAACAGCACAACCAUGGAAAUUAUUGUCAUUCCAAUUUGUGGGGUACUAAACACACAAUGAAGAUAUUAAUUUAAAUCUAGUCAGUGCCAUUGAAUAGCAGUUUAGGGGAAAGAUACAUAGAAACUGUAAGGUCAAGGUGCACAGGUUCUUACAUUACUUAAUCAUUGUAGCAACGUGGGUUGUGAUCCUUCUAUAUGAUUUUCAUUUCAAUGGUAAAUUUUGUUUUUGUUCUUCCGAAUUA